AUGGAAGCAUCCAAACCCUAUAUCAAGUGGCCCAAGCUAUACCUCCCCGAUACUUGGUGCCCUCCACACCUCGCGGGCACCGAGCACAUUAUGAUGGCCGAAGGUAUCCUCAACAUGAUAGAAAAAGACACCACAGUCGGUCUCGAUCUGACUGUGCCAAAGAGGUUUAUCCGCCACUUUCUGCAUCCGAAACAUGACGACGAGACGCGCGAGAAACGACUCCAGGAGGCCAAUGCCUUGCUAGAGAGAUUCGAGUACGAGGAUGCCGAGAACGAGGCCCGGUGUGAGUGCGAGUUCUAUGUGGAUGAUGAAACUGCGCUCACCUGGCGAAGGCUCGACGACAAUUUGGAGCCUCAAUCGUGGUUCUGCAACUACGACCCAAAUUGGACCGAACGCGAUCCGCUCCCUAGCCCGUUCAUCGACCAGACCGGCCGACGGCUGCCUUUGUUGGUGGAGAUCCAGAGCAUCCUGGAAACGCUUUGGAUCGACGAGUCUGACAUGUCCCUCGACCGUUUCCGAGUCACACCGCACCUCUGGGCUGUCUUCCAACUCGCCCCUAUCGACCAGCUCGAGGCGCUGCUCGGGGACUUGCGUAGUGGAAAGAUCACCUGGAAGGACAUGCACAAGCGUGUCACGAUGUUUCUUGACGACUCUCCCGACAGCCUGUUCGCGUGCAAGGUACUGGACUUGCAGGCAUACGACAUGUCUGCUCUGAAGGAGGUCUCGGAGCAUUUAAUGUCCCGCGAAGCGAUCUGGGGCCUCGAAACCGUGGAGAAGUACAGAGAAAUGCUCUACAACAUCGGUCCCGAGGGUGCGGGGAACAUGGUGCUGAGGCUUUGUCCGCGGCACAGAUGGGACAACGCGCAGUAUGCGUUUGAGCCUCUUGAGCAAACCGCAGACUCUCUUCGCGUGCGGUUCCGCUUCCUUCCUGACACGAGACAGAAACUGGGCAAGGAGAGGGCGCAUACGUUGGUAUGGGACGGGAACUUGGCUAGGGAUCCCGAGGAGUUCCUGCGGCACUACCCACUCGAGAGGGAUUACGACCACAACAUCUGUCUUGUCCACGUCGCCAACAACACGACCCAUGAACUCAGAGAUGGUCAGAUUAUCGAGAUCAAAUCCAAGAUCCCGGGCCGGCGCCCAGAGUUUCUGUUAUGGGAGAUGAGAUACAAGACCCGGCUGAUGGUCACCAUGAUCUCUGCUGCCCAACCCGAAACCCUCGAGGCCUACGAUGUAGCCUAUGAGUAUGAAGGUAGUGAGACUAUGAGCUGCACGCCAGGCUGA